CGAGCACGCGUGGCGUGAUGACGUCAGACGUCACGUCCACUCUCGGUUCGAGUGAGCCAAGAUGGCGGACUCGGUGUCGUCGGUGCUUGGAGAUGAAAAAGAGACGGACAAUGAAGACAAAGAGAGCGAGAAAGCGGCCUUCCGCUCUGCGGCCAGCUCGGAGAUAAAACGCAGUGCCUCAGAACUGACGGAGACGCUGGGGUUUUACGAGAAAAAGGCGAAAAACCUGGACAAGCGCAGUGUCUCGGACCUGUCUCUGCUGCGGUUUGUCAGAGCUGAACUGACGAGAGGAUAUUUUUUGGAACACAAUGAGGCCAAAUACACUGAAAGGAGAGAGAGAGUUUAUACCUGCCUGCGCAUCCCCAAAGAACUGGAGAAGCUGAUGAUCUUUGGCUUCUUCCUGUGUCUGGAUGCAUUUCUCUAUGUGUUCACACUGUUACCGCUCAGAGUGCUGCUCGCGCUCAUCAGGUUGCUAACUCUGCCAUGCUGCGGACUCAGUGGCUCUCGUCUCCUUCAGCCUGCUCAGGUGUGUGAUGUGCUGAAAGGCUUUAUCAUGGUGCUGUGUUACUCCAUGAUGCACUAUGUGGACUACUCCAUGAUGUACCAUCUAAUCAGGGGGCAAUCAGUCAUCAAACUCUACAUUAUAUACAACAUGCUGGAGGUGGCAGACCGACUGUUUUCUUCUUUUGGACAGGACAUUCUGGACGCUCUGUACUGGACAGCCACAGAGCCCAAAGAAAGAAAAAGAGCUCACAUAGGUGUAAUACCCCACUUCCUAAUGGCUGUCCUUUAUGUGUUUCUUCACGCCAUACUAAUCAUGGUCCAGGCCACCACUCUAAAUGUGGCCUUCAACUCCCACAACAAAUCUCUGCUUACCAUUAUGAUGUCCAACAAUUUUGUUGAGAUUAAAGGGAGUGUGUUUAAGAAGUUUGAGAAGAAUAACCUCUUUCAGAUGUCCAACAGUGAUAUCAAAGAAAGAUUCACGAACUACGUCCUCUUAUUAAUUGUAUGUCUUAGAAAUAUGGAGCAGUUCUCUUGGAACCCAGAUCAUCUAUGGGUGCUGCUUCCUGACGUGUGUAUGGUCAUCGCUGCGGAGAUGGCUGUGGAUGUGGUGAAACACGCCUUUAUAACCAAGUUUAAUGACAUCCCAGCAGAUGUGUAUGGUGAAUACAGAGCAAGCUUGGCCUUUGAUCUGGUCAGCAGUAGACAGAAAAAUGCUUAUACUGACUACAGUGACAGUGUAUCAAGGAGAAUGGGCUUCAUUCCUCUUCCUCUCGCUCUGUUGCUUAUCCGAGUGAUGACAAGCUCCUUAAAAAUCCAAGGUGCCCUCUCCCUCGCGUGUGUGACCCUUUUUUAUCUAGGUAUGAUCACGCUAAAGGUGCUAAAUAGCAUCGUGUUACUCGGAAAGUCAUGUGGGUACGUGAAAGAAGCGAAUAUGGAGGAGAAGCUGUUCCAGUCUCCCCCCUUUCCUACUCCCAGCCGAGCAUCCAGCAGAGCUCAUCAUGCAAAACAUACACGGGAGCCAACAAACGAGCCAGUGGAAGAGGGCAUCUCUCCAUCAAUUAUACAUCAACCCGUUCACCAGAUGAAGAGCCCCAUGCCUAAUCUCCCAACCAGCGAAUCGGAUCAGUUCCUCACGACGCCAGAUGAAUCGGAGGAGAAAAUCAUCACACAGGACGGAACAGAAGUCAUCCACAGAGCUCCUAAAAAAGACCUGCUGGAGAUCGAUCGUUUCACGAUCUGUGGGAAUCGAAUCGACUGAUACUCUACACCCUAUGUGACUGUACAGAAUGACGAAAGCUAGUUGGCUUGACCUUUGAACCUUUGACCCUCUGUGUUGAAAAAACAGGGCAGGAUAUUUAUUAUGAAGUGCACCUAAUUUAUUUAAGUUUCAAACUGAAACACAAUCACCAUUACCUUCUUUUCUGUUCCGGACUUAUGGAUAAUUCCAGCCUUUCAGCACCAGGAAUAGAUCUUGACCUUAUACCAUCUGGACAGACGGAUGAUAUGCAGAAGAGAAGAAGAAACAGAAGAGGCUAAUUUGAGGUCAUGGCAAAGCUAUAAAGGUCAUUUUGAAGUGGUGGUGUGAUAUGUGGCAUUUUUCUUUCAUGCUGAGUUGCAUUUUCUUAAUAGCUCUGAAUUUGCACGUUUCUUGCUUUGUGCUUUUUUUUUAUAAAUAUUUGUAAACAUUGAGUUGAACUUAAUGAUUUAUGCUUAUGACAAAUAAGUAUGUAACACUUUUAUAUAAAAGGUUCCCAUAAUAUAUUUUGUUAAGCAUUAUUAAUGUUGAAAAUGUAACAAAUUUACAGUUAAAUGUUAAUAUUUAUUUUUGUCCAUGGAUAAAAAUAAUUUUAUAAAUUCAGUUUCUGUCAAAAGUCUAGUCUUUGAGACACAAGCAUGUUUCUUUUGUAUAUAUGCAUCAUUUGGGCAUCAUGGCUCUAACAGAAGAACUUUUAAAAGAUGGAGAACAGGACAGUGAGCCGACUGCCUCACACCCACAGUCAAAUAUGGAGGCGGAAGCAUAAUUGUUUGGGGUUGUUUUAGAGCAGGGAAGGUUGCAGUCUAUUUUAGGUGAAAGGAAUGCUAAAAAAACAUGGCUACCAUUUCAUACUUCAACACCAUGGAAUUCUAUUUGGACUGCAAAUAAUUCAAACCGAAUUCACCAUUUAACAAGACUGUGGCUCGAAGCAUAUGUCCAAGUGUUAUUUAGAGAGCAAGCAGUCAGCUAGUGUUCAUCAUCAUGGAAUGGCCUGCCCAGUCACCGCACCUAAAUCCGUAUUUCAGUUAAAUGUUUGGAGAAACAAACUGUUGGGAUGCCAAGAGUGUGUAAAGCUGCCAUUCAUGCUAAGGGAGGAUUUUUCAAUGAAAAUGUCAGUCAAUCUGCAUACCAUUAUAUUACCUAGUUUGUUGCAUAUAAACAGAGGGAGAAUGCACGUGUCUUUCAAAAAAUAUCAAGACUAGUGUUUCCAUACUUUUGACAGGAAGUCAAAACUAAACAACUUUAAACAGCAGCCUGAAUUUUGCCAGAAUGUUGAAUAAGGUGUCAUGUUGCUUCCUGUGCUUUGUAUUUAACACCUUAGUUGUUGAUGCAUGUUGAAUAUCGAUAUUGUAACACCAAAUAAUAAAACCACCAGCUUCUUUGCAAAAUAAUAUGUAUAAAUGCUAAAAAUAAUUAUAGGAACCUUAUAAAGUGUUACUGAAAUACAGUGUAUCUGGAACGUAUUCACAGCACUUUAAUUUUACUUCAUUUAAUGUUACAGCCUUUUUCCACUAUGGAUUAAAUUCAUUAUCUUCCUUAGAAUCCUUUAAACAAUACUUCAUAUGCAAAGGAAGUUUGAUUGAAAUCGUUGCGAAUUUAUUUAAAAUAAAAAAUUUGAGUAUUUCCAUGUAGAUAAGUAUUCACAGACUUUGCCAUGACACUCAAAAUUAAACUUGGGUGCAUCCUGUUUCAAUGAUCAUUCUUGAGAUGUUUCUACAACUUGAUUGGAGUCCACCUGUGGUAAAUUCAGUUGAUUGGAUGUGAUUUGUACAUUUCCUCCCACAGUUAACAGUGCAUGUCAGAGCACAAACCAAGCCAUGAUAAAAAAAAACCUGCUCGAGAACGCUCUGGACCUCAGACUGGGGCAACUGUUUAUCUUCCAACAGGAAAACGACCCUAAACAGCCAAGAUAACAAAAGAGUGACUCUGUGAAUGUCCUUGAGUGGCCCAGCCAGAGCCCAGAAUUAAACCUGACUGAACAUCUCUGGAAAGAUCUGAAAAUGGCUCUUUUUCAAUGCUCCCUAUCCAACCUGAUGGAGUUUGAGAGGUUCUGCAAGAAGAAUGGGAGAAACUGCCCAAAUGUAGGUGUGCCAAGCUUGUGGCAUCAAACUCAAAAAGACUAGAGGCUGUAAUUAGUGCCAAAUGUGCUUAAAGAAAGUAUUGAGCAAAGGCAGUGAAUACUUAUGUACAUGUGAUUUUAUUAUUAUUAUUAUUUUUAAUACAUUGCAAAGAUUUCAGACAAACUUCUUUCAUGUUGAGGAAAAAAAUAUAUAUUAUCCAUUUUGGAUUAAGGCUGAAAAGCCUGUAAAAUGUGGAAAAGUGAAGUGCUGUGAAAACUUUCCAGAUACAAUGUAGCUGUGUAAAUUGAUUAUAACAGGGCAGCGUUUGUCCAAAUCCAUGAGACCAGCAUUAGACAGAAAUAUAUCAUGAAUUAUUUUGGAUCAUGGAUGUGAAAGCUAUAUUAAGCUUUUAUUUAAUUUCUUUUUUUUCCAGUAAAACUUAAAAAGUGUUUAUCUCAAACCAUUUUGAAUAUAUCCAUCAGGUACUUUUUUUUCUACCAGUCUUUAAUCAGUUUCGGGCAAACACAUUUUUAAUGUCAUAUGUUACACUUUAUUGCUUGUAAAUUGCACAUGGUUUGUUACAUAGUCGUUAAACAUAUAUAGUUUUUUAUACAGUCAUUGUUUUCUCAGAAAGUUAAUAAAACACUAUAGACAAAAUCCAGUCAUCACAUGUCCAUUAAUAGGACACCUGAGCUAAACCUAAAGACUCAUUUCAUGUAUAUAAUAAAAUAUUUUUCCUCUGAGCCCCUAGAUUACUGAUCCAAAGGGUCUUGUUUUUUUUUUUAUCCUUCAACCAUCCAAUUUCAAUGAAAUAUGAUUAUAUAUUUGGUACUUUUUUUGCAGAGUACAGAUUUUUGCAUUGAGUUAUUGCUGCUUAAUACUUUAAAUAAUCUGAUCAAUAUUUUUUUAAAUACCAGGCAUUGCUAUUAUUGCUGUUUGUCAUCAAAGUAAUGUUUUAGAUGUCUAACAUCAGACCAGGCUCAAUUAUAUCAGCUGCAGUAAUGCAGUGGUUUUAUUUAUGCACCUUUCAUUCUAUGUUUUUGAUUUGCAAUGCUAUAAGAGUAAGUAGGAGACAUGAGGGGUUUAUUUAUUUGAAGAUCUUUCAUUUACGGAAAAGAAAAGUCUCUUUCUCUCUCUCACUCAUACAUGUAAAAUAUAAAGAGAGAGUUUGUGUGUUGAUUGGGACACCUCAUUUUUUCAGCCUUCUAAAGCACACAAAAGUAUUAGUAUUGAAUUUUGCCUUCACUUAAAUGAAGAGACCCAACCCUGCUCCAGCGUGACAAUAACCAUGCGCACAAAGCGUUUACAUAGGUUAGAGUGGAAAAUCUUGAGUGGCCUGCUAUUGAGCUUUGAACUCAUCCCCAUUAAAGACCACCUUUGAGGCAAAUUGGACUGCAGUGACUAUUAAAUAAUUAUAGUUUGUGAGAUUUAUUAGAGUCGCAAUUAAGCUUCUGAAGCAUAUGUUUUCCAAAAUGUCUGUAUUGUUUGCUUUCUUUUGAAUCAGAAGAUUAAGUGUAUCAAAUUGGUUUUGGAUUUUAAUAAGGCAUGAUGCUGAGUUUGUUUUGAGUAAGUGUUUGGAUCCAGAAUAGUAUAAGUAACUUGAAAAUGAUUGGUUUAAAUUUAAAAAAUCCAUUAAAAUUACCCAAAGUUUCAGAGAGCAUGAAGUAUCUAUCAGAAUUGGAAGCCUUCAUUACAAUCAUAACAUUUCUAGAUGAAUUUUACAUCCACAAAAUAAAUGUUAUCUUUUGGAAAUUUAAGCUUCCCAUUUUACUGGACUUUCUUUUUCUGCAUGAUGAAACAGUCUAUAUCAUCCAUUUGGUCCAUUUAUUUUUUUAUUUUUUAUAUUACUUAAAGAUUGUAACAUUAUAUUUGGGAUGGAUUUACAUGCCUUAUGUAGAGGAGGAAGGAAUUGUACUGGUGAAUAAAUGCUUUUGUUUUGUAUCUUG